CCAGCCACACAAAAUUAACCGAGCUAGCACGUCCUGCAACCCAUGGAGGCGGCUCUCGUGAGUGUGGCGACCGGGGUCCUGAAGCCCGUCCUGGAGAAACUGGCAGCUCUGCUUGGUGACGAGUACAAGCGGUUCAAGGGAGUGCGCAAGGAUAUCAAGUCCAUCGCUCGUGAGCUCGCUGCCAUGGAGGCUUUUCUCCUCAAGAUGUCCGAGGAGGAGGAUCCAGAUGUACAAGAUAAAUUUUGGAUGAAUGAGGUGCGGGAGCUCUCCUAUGAUAUGGAGGAUGCCAUUGACGACUUCAUGCAAAGCGUCGGUGACAAAGACGAAAAGCCUGAUGACUUCAUUGAGAAGAUCAAAAACUAACUAGAAAAGUUGGGGAAGAUGAAGGCUCGCCGUCGGAUUGGCAAGGAGAUUCAGGAUCUAAAGAAACAGAUCAUACAGGUGGGUGACAGGAAUGCAAGGUACAAGGGUCGUCAAACCUUCUCUAGCACCAAAAGUGAAAUUGUAGACCCUAGAAUUCUUGCUAGAUUCGAGCAUGCAUCAAAACUCGUUGGAAUUGAUGAAACCAAAGCCGAGAUAAUCAAGCUAUUAGGCAAAGAAAAUGGACAAGUGCCAAGGCAACAACAACUGAAGAUAGUCUCCAUUGUUGGAUUUGGAGGAAUGGGGAAGACAACUCUUGCAAACCAAGUGUAUCAAGACCUCAAAGGGGAAUUUCAGCAUCGAGCUUUCAUAUCGGUGUCACAAAAUCCAGAAUUGAUGAAAAUCCUCAGAACUAUCCUUAGUGAAAUUACCGGUAUAAGCUAUCCUGGCACCGAAGCAGGGUGCAUAGAACAACUCAUCGACAAGAUCAAAGAUUUCCUAGCAGACAAAAGGUAUCUUAUUGUCAUAGAUGAUAUAUGGGACAUAAAACAUUGGGAAGUGAUCCUAUGUGCUCUAGCUGAUAAUCAUUAUGAGAAUAGAGUAAUCACAACAACCCGUGAUCGCGACGUUGCACGUAAAGUUGGUGGCGCCUAUGAGCUUAAACCCCUCCCUGAUGAGACAUCCAAAAUAUUAUUCUUUGGAAGAAUUUUUGGUGUUAAUAAUGACUGUCCAGAUGAUUUGGUCGAAGUAUCUGAAACUCUCCUAAAGAAAUGUGGCGGUGUGCCAUUGGCUAUCAUCACCAUUGCUGACUACAUUAUUCAAGGAGACAGAUUGAUAUGGAGGUGGAUAUGUGAAGGUUUUCUUAAUGGUGUAUAG